CCAUCCAAAUUAUUCGUUAGUAUCAAAACAUUCGUCUCCUCUUUCUCUCUCUGCCGUCCUUUUUGGGGUUGGCUGUCUCCUUUACAUCGGCGGCAACGGGGAGAGCUCUUAUCGUGCACCAGCAGCGCUGGGGGAGGAGGGGCAUCGGUUUUGGGAGGUUUGGCGGGCGAAACCGAAGGCUGUAGGUUGCGUGGUGGCCGCCUCCGGCGGAUCUAUGAUUGGCGUUCGACGCGGCUUGGGAGGUCGGAGAACGGGAGCUGCUGGCUGGCGUGCGGCGGCGGCGGCGGCCGAUAAAUGCCCCUCCGCGGAGAUCUAGGCCCCUCCGCGGCGGCGCUUUUGGUCCUCCUCUUUGCCCCCGUGCUUGCUUUCGUGGUGCGCCGGAGAUGGCGGCUCGCGGUGGCGAGGCGGGAGGAGGUCCGGAGGCUGGCGCUCCUCGCUGCACAGGAGGCGUCCCGGGCGGAGGUGGAGGCGAUGGAAGCCUACGCGGCCGCGUGGACUUCUGCUGCUGUCGCUGCCAAAGGCGUCUCGAAGGAUCCCUCGGCACGGCCAGAGUGCCCCGUGUGCUUUUGCCCCGCUAUCGCGAGGUGCGCCCGGUGCAAGGCUGUCAGAUACUGCUCUGGCAAAUGCCAGAUCGUUCAUUGGAGACAAGGCCACAAAGAUGAAUGUCAUCCUCCACCUGUUAAUGAUAAUUAUAAUGGUGCAACAAGUGUAUCUUGUUCAAAGGUAGUGCAAGCUGAACAGCCUGGUUUGGAGCAUAAAGAGGAUCUAAACAUGAAAGCAGUCGAGAUGUCUUUCGAGAGGGCUGCUGCAUCUGAAUCCCGUUUCUCUCCUGAUGAUCUCAAUGAGGAUGACGUGUAUGUUCCUGGAAAGGAAAAAACUUCUGAUUCUUUUGCUUUACCAUCGAUACCAAUUUAUUCAACAGUUUCUUAUGGUAUUGGGACCCCUGAUGAUGCUUUGGCUAGUGGCAAACCACAUCUCCUCCAUAAUGCUAGGCUAGAAAAAUCUUCAUCUUCUGAAAUACCUACUACUAGCGUCAGAAAAGCAGUCAAUAAUAAUGAUGCAAAUCUUACUAGCUUUUCAACUUCUAAGCUUUCUAUAUCAAGUCCUUUGGUAAAUGGCACUUUCUCUAGUAACAUAAAAGAGAUGGCGUUUACAUCUAAAACCGAGGUGGAUGAAUCUGUGUUGAGUGGCCCAACUGGUUUAAAAGCAACUGCGUCUCUGGAUCAUACAAGUAACAAGCACUCUAAGAUCACUGGUGAGGAUCAGAUUGCUUCUCCUUGGACGGUUCAUGAUGAGACCUAUAUAGGUGUGGGCUCAACAAGUGAAAUUUCUUCUCAUGUAUCUGCUUCAUCAAAAGCUAAAUCUCAGUCAGAGAACAAGAAGAUGCAAGCUUCAAACAAAGAAGAAUCAGGAUCUGUUGCUAAUGGGAUGAAGACUGAAGUGCAGUCACUGAAGUCCAAGGCUUGUAGACCUUUAGCAUCUGCUUCUGAUCAAUUAUCAUCUAAUGGUGGUGCUCACCCUGUAGCAAUUCAUAAAACCUCAAAAAUUGGUAAUGCUUCUCGAGAACCCAUCAGAUUAUCUGAUUCUUCUGGUGCUAUAGCAAAUGGUCUAUCCAAAUAUGCAAAAAGACUUGUUAAGCAGUCUACAUCUCCCAAAGUUUCUAGGCAUUACCCCUCAGAGCCGAUGCUUUUUCCAUAUGAUCUCUUUAUCAAACUUUACAACUCUGACAACAUUGAAUUGCGCCCUUGUGGUCUCAUUAACUGUGGCAACAGCUGUUAUGCUAAUGCUGUUCUCCAGUGCCUGGCAUUUACUCGGCCAUUGACCGCAUAUCUUCUUGAAGGUCUUCAUUCGAAAAGAUGUCCAAAGAAAGAUUGGUGCUUUACAUGUGAAUUUGAAAGUCUUGUGAUGAAUACAAAGCAAGGGAAAUCACCUUUAUCCCCUAUAGGGAUACUCUCUCAUUUACACAAUAUUGGGAGUAAUUUUGGCCAUGGGAAAGAAGAAGAUGCCCAUGAAUUUUUAAGGUAUGCAAUUGAUAUUAUGCAGUCUGUUUGCUUAAAGGAAGCUGGAGCAAAACCAGAUGAUGUAUUAGCAGAAGAAACAACACUGAUACAACAAACUUUUGGUGGCUACUUGCAAUCCAAGAUAAGGUGCUAUAGGUGUAAGAGCAACUCAGAGCGAUGUGAAAGAAUGAUGGAUCUUACUGUCGAGAUACAUGGUGACAUUGCUACCCUUGAUGAAGCACUUUCCUGUUUUACAUCUCCAGAAAUUUUGGAUGGGAAGAACAAGUAUGAGUGUGACAGAUGCAAGUCUCGUGAGCGAGCAAGGAAAAGAUUGUCAAUAUUGGAGGCUCCCAAUGUCCUGACAAUUGUAUUGAAGCGAUUUCAGUCUGGUAAAUAUGGCAAGCUCAACAAAGCUGUCCGAUUUCCUGAGUACCUCAAUUUAGCUCAUUAUAUGAGCAGAGAUGAUGCAUCCUCUAUGUACCAGCUGUAUGCGGUGAUCGUUCACAAAGAUGUGAUGAAUGCUUCCUUUUCUGGUCACUAUGUUUGUUAUGUGAAGGAUACACAGGGCAAGUGGUACAAGAUUGAUGAUAGCGAGGUAAAACCUGUGGAGCUCAAGAAGGUUCUGUCAAAAAGUGCAUACAUGCUUCUUUAUGCCAGGUGCUCACCUCAUGCCCCGAGCUUAGUAAGGAAAGCAAUCUCCCAUGAUCCUUUACAAGCGAGGAAGAUCAGGAGCAAGGAAGCCAGUGGAAAGUCAGGUGGUUCAUCAAUUACAGAACAAAGGAGCCACUUCUACCCACAACCAAUGAUGGGUGAUCGUGCCAAUUUUCAGUCAUCAGAUCUGUUCCGUCCUCCCUUGAAUGAUUCUUCCAGCGACAAUUCCUCUCUUUUCGAUGAAGGCUCCUCCUGUAGCACCGAGAGCACAAGGGACUCGGCAAGCACUGAAGAGAACUGGGAAUGCAUGUCUGGAGAGUCAGACUGUAUCAACUCAAAUAGCCUCAGACGCUCCAAGGAAUCUAAUGGACUCACUCAUUCACCCCUGUUCUCCAGGCAUUCAUCGAAAAAAGUCUUACAUGAUGAUUCUGGACGGAAUGCUAGCUCUUCAGGCAGGGAAAUUGAUCAUGUGGAGGUUGGGAGGCUUGCGCCGAUGAAGCAUCAGGGGGGCCGAACGACAUGCUCCGAAGGCAGUAAGAGCUCAUCCUUUUUGUAUCAUGAUAAAAGCCAAACAUGUAGAGUAACAGAACAUUGUAGCACUGUAGAGACCGACUGGAUUAACCCAAGUGAGGUGAAGUCUGGUGUUGUAUUGAGAAGACCGAGUAGGGAAAUAACUGCCCAAACAUUUUAUUGAUCCGUUUGGGUUGUAGAGAAAAAUAAUGUAGGUUGUAUUAUGCCCAGCGAAACCUAGAUGGACAGAAAAAGAGUAAUUUUUGUUGACCUUUUA